GGCCAAUUGUCGGAGUUCUCACUCCUUCAUCCUGCUCGGCGGCGCCAACUGUUGGGUCCGACCCCUCUGCCCAUGACUGGACCUCUCUGGACGCCAGCUCUUAGAUGGAGAGGACGUGGGAAGUCAUGGGGAUAUAAGUCUUCAUUGUAGCCGCAGUAGCCAUGGCUAACAAGGAGCCAUCAGACAAAUCAGUUCUUCAAAGCAAAGUCCCAUGAAGCAGGGAGCCCACAGAGGCUGGUGAACAAUCCAUCUUCCCUCAGAGCAGCCUCCACAUAGGAGCGACGCGAAGUAACCUGGCUCACACAGGAGCCAUGACAAACCUAGUAGCCCGACCAGGCAGCGAACCACUCACACAACGAGGCUUCUUGCCCAAAGCGGCAUCGUCUCUGGUGACAGCAGGGCCUGUGCAGUGCAGGAAGAUAGCUGUGUCCUUGCUUUGCACCUGCUUCUGGGAAGCUGGCCCUGGCCUUGCACAUCUGGCGUCCUCUGGACAGGGCCCCACAGUCCCCCUUGAAAAAGGUGCAUGCUCUGCACGGCCCAGGUGGGGCCUAACCUGGCUCCCGUGACCUCCCGCCUCCCCCCCUCGCCGCCCCCGCAGGUACGUGGUCUUCCUGAAGCUCUUCCUGGAGACAGCCGAGCAGCACUUCAUGGUGGGGCACAGGGUCCACUACUACGUCUUCACCGACCGGCCGGCUGACGUGCCCAGCGUGGCGCUGGGGGAGGGCCGCCGCCUGGUGGUGCUCGAGGUCCCGGGCGCCGCGCGCUGGCAGGACAUUUCCAUGAGCCGCAUGCAGAUGAUCAGCGACUUCUGUGAGCGGCGCUUCCAAAGGGAGGUGGACUUUCUGAUGUGCGUGGACGUGGACAUGCGCUUCAGCGACCACGUGGGCGUGGAGAUCCUGUCCCCGCUCUUUGGCACCCUGCACCCCGGCUUCUACAGGGCAGCCCGCCAGGCCUUCAGCUACGAGCGCCGGCCGCAGUCCCAGGCCUACAUCCCCCGGGACCAGGGUGACUUCUACUACUUGGGGGGCUUCUUCGGGGGAUCAGUGGCCGAGGUUCAGCGGCUCACCAAGGCCUGUCACCAGGCCAUGAUGGCCGACCGCGCCAAUGGCAUCGAGGCCGUUUGGCACGACGAGAGCCACCUGAACCGGUACCUGCUGGACCACAAGCCCACCAAGGUGCUGUCCCCGGAGUACCUGUGGGACGAGCAGCUGCUGGGCCGGCCGGCCGUCAUGAGGAAGCUGAGGUUCAUGGCUGUGCCCAAGAACCAUCAGCAAAUCCGCAACUGAGGGGUGCACCAGGGGCGCGGGGAGGGCUGGGGGCCGACUGCGCUUCCCUUUUCUGUCCUGUGGAGGCCUGGCACUGCCCCAACCCCCAAAUACAGGCCUUGGGGCACCUCCACCCUGUGCACAGGCAUGCAGGAGACCGGCCCCAUUCCCUGGCACAGGGCCUGGAGUGGCCUGGCCAUCGCUCCCACUGGGUGCCCCUCGGG